AUGUUUGAGAUUAUAAAUUUGUUAGUAAUUUUUCAAUUUAUAACAAUAAUUCAAACAAAACAUUUACCACCUAAUAUAACACAAAAUAAUUUGAUAAAUUAUUCAAUAACAAAAAACAAUCAAAUUUCUAACAGUAAUGUCGAUAGUAAUUUUGAUUCAAUUCCAAAAGUUUACGGAGUAAAAUUAGGUGGUUGGUUAGUUACAGAACCAUGGAUAACUCCAUCACUUUAUGACAAAGUUGAGGAGAAAUAUGGAACCUUACCAAUUGAUGAAUUUAGUUUAUGUAAAAUCAUGGGUAAAGUCAAAGCAAAACAAUAUUUAAUUGAACAUUAUGAAACAUUUUGUAAUGAAGUGGAUAUUAAAAAAAUUGCAAGUUUGGGUUUAAAUCUCGUAAGAAUACCGAUCGGGUACUGGGCUUUUUUACUUUUGGAAAAUGAUCCAUAUAUUCAAGGACAAGAACGUUACUUGGAUUUAGCUAUAAGUUGGGCAUUGAAGAAUAAUUUAAAUGUUCAAAUUUCAUUACAUGGAUUACCAGGUAGUCAAAAUUGUUUUGAUAAUUCUGGACAAAGAUGUGAUAAGCCCAACUGGUUUGCAACCAAAGAAAAUUUAGAUGCGACUUAUCAUAUUUUGAAUCAUAUUACUGAUAAAUAUGGGAAUUUAACUAAUAUCCAUAGUAUUGAAGUCGUAAAUGAACCAAUGGGUUGGAGCUUAGAUGAAAAAACUUUGAAAGAAUUCUAUACAUUUUGCAUAAAGCUUUUUAAAAAUAAGAAUCUAAGUGCAAAAUUAGUUUUAUCAGAUGCAUUUUUCAGUUUAGAACAUUGGUAUAAUUUUCCAGGAGAUUUUAUAUUAGAUCAUCAUUUAUAUGAAAUUUUCACAGAUUGGCAAAUUAAAUAUACUUUUAAAGAACAUAUACAAAAUGUCAGAUCAGUGAGUAAAAGAUUGAAAAACACUGGUCAUCCAAGUAUAGUUGGAGAAUUUACGGGAGCUCUAGAUGAUUGUACGAAAUACCUUAAUGGUGUAGGAAAGGGAAGUAGAUAUGAUGGAACUAUAAACUCCAAUUCAGAAAAACUGUCAAAUUCAUGUAUAAAUAAAGAUAAUCCAAAUAUAAAACUAACUAAAAAUCAAGUUAAAAGAUUAAGAUAUUUUUUGAAAGAACAACUUUAUAGUUUUGAAAAAAACUGUAUUGGAUGGAUUUUUUGGUGUUGGAAAACUGAACUGAGUUUAGUUUGGGAUUUUGAAAGAUUACAUGAUCGGAAUCUUUUACCUAAACCUCUUUUCAAUCAUAGAUUAAAUUUAAAGGCUGAAAUGGAAAGACAAUGGGUGAAAUUAAUAAAUAAUACUAUGUAG